UUACUUUCUAUCUGAAAAGAGAGGGCUUUGGUCAACCAAUAUUUGCAGACAGAAAGAUUUUUCAGCUUCGUCCUGUUUGACUUCAAGAAGACAUUCAAAGCUGGACAAUGGAGUUACAUGCAAGAAUUUUCUGUCUUCUUUUGUGUUUUAAGACAUAUGGGUCUUCAAACGCUGCAGGUUGUGUUAACCUCCCGAAAGAAGAGAAUGCAGAAAUUUCUCCUGAAUUUCUGAAAGGCAACUACUCUACCGGUGACAAACUAGAAUACAGCUGCAAAUAUGGCUAUGUCUCACUGCGAAAAAUCAUCUACAUGUGUGAUGGAAACAGAUGGAAUAAACUGCGUCAGACAGAAUGUACACUCAAACGCUGUGAGCUGCCUGCAGACAUUCCAAAUGGCCAAUACAGGAUUGUGAAUGGUAACAACUUUGUUUUAGGAACCACCAUCCAGUAUACCUGCAGAGAUGGCUUUCAGAUAUCAAAUCGUUUCGACAGCAGAACAUGUCGCAUUGGAGGUUGGGACAACCAAUUACCUGUGUGUGAAGAAACAAUAUGUGUUCCAGACCACAUAGGGGACAACGUCAAGGUGGAUGGACUACCUGAUUAUGGGGAUUUAAUUCAAUAUGGACACCGGCUUAAAUUUUCAUGUGAUGAUGAAAAGCAACUAAUUAUAAGGGGAGUGAAAGAAGUAAUAUGCCAGUCAAAUGGCAAAUGGAGCAACCCGUUUCCUAAAUGUGAAGAGAUAACGUGUAUUAAAAAUGUAACAGAGGACAACAUCAUAAUGGAGCGAAUCCCUGAUCAAGAGGGUUCUAUAAAAUAUGGGCACAUGCUAAAAUUUUCAUGUCAAGGACAAGGGCUGAUUUUAAAAGGAAAAAAAAACAUCACCUGCCAGUCAAACGGAGAAUGGAGCGACCCAUAUCCUAAAUGCGAAGAGGCAACUUGUGAUCCAACCGUCCCAAAUAACAUGAACAUAGUGGAAGGACUUCCUCCUCCUGGAGACUUAAUAAGACCUGGACACAGUUUAAAACUUUCAUGUGCUACACAAGAGCUGAUUUUAGUAGGAGACGCCAAAAUCACCUGCCAGCCAGAUGGAGUGUGGAGCACAUUUCCUAAAUGUUUAGCAACAUGUGUUCCAAACGUCCCAAGGGAUAUUUUCAGAGUGGAGAGACUCCCUCCUCCUGGCGUUUUAAUCAGAUCUGGACAUAGUUUAAAACUUUCAUGUGCUAGACAAGGGGUGUUUAUACAAGGAAAUGCCGAAAUCACCUGCCAGUCAGAUGGAACAUGGAGCCCAUUUCCCAAAUGCGUAGGGAGAUCUCAUUGUGAGGGACCACCAAGCAUGAGCCAGAAGAAUGCAGAUACAAAACUAAUGACAAAGAGAGAGUACAAUUCAGGGGAGAAAGUUGAAUAUGUGUGCUUUAAUAAAUAUGUAAUGGAUGGUGAACCCUUUUUGACCUGCGUGCAAGGCGAAUGGAGAGGACAUUUUACGUGUUUAAAGCCCUGUACAGUGACGGUGGAUACAUUGGACAAAAGGAAUAUUGAACUGAAGGUUGGUGGAAGGAGCAAAAUAUUCUCACCACACAGGGAUCACAUCACCUUUGUGUGUCAAGAGAAGAAACGUCCAAAAGGCAACACUUUAUUUAGACAAAUGUGUGAUGAUGGUGUGAUGCUUCUACCUGAGUGUGAAUAACAGCAGAAAUAAAACACUGUUGAAGCUUCAGUUACACCAUCACAAGUCAAAAUAAAGUAUAUUCCUCAAUUCACUGUUGUCUCUUUUUGGAUUUCUUAUUCGUAAAACUAAGGAAAUACUAAAAGUAACAAUUGUAAAGAAAGAAAGAACAUGAACUGACACAAAUGAAUUGGUUUUAAAAUGAAAGGUCUGCCUCAGUGCCAUGACACCUGUAUGGUUUAGAGAGGAGUACGUGAUUAAUGAUCUGAACAUAAGGGGACUAUUAAACAUAAUAUUCAAACAGAUAAAAUAUACAUGAAAUAUGCUUUUUGAUGUAUUAUUGUUAGGAUUAUUUUAUAAUUAAAGCAAUGUAAAAAAAAAAAAAAAAAA